AUGGCAUCACUGUUUAAUUUAGGUUUACGAUGGUGAAUUAUUGUUUGUUGAGUUUUUAGUGGUUAUUUUUCCAUUAGUUUAAAAAAUGGACAUUGAGGAACAAAGGAUUGAAAAUAAUAAUAAAAUUCUGAACGUAGAAGAUCUCAACAUAGAAAUAUUGCCUAUAAUUUAUGAUAUUAUUAAAGGUGUCGAUAAAGAUAAUCAUCACGACAAUUCCGCAAAGACUAGGGAUUCGCAAGAUUGUUCACAAAAAGUAUUGGAGUUGCAAAAACGAUUAGAUCAAGCACGUGCUGAGAUACGUAUGCUGCCUGGUAUAGACUACAGUAAAGAACAACAACUAAAUCAUCUGGAAGCUCUGAAAACACAAUUACGACUCAAACAAGAAUUACUUCAGAAGUACCGUUUUAUGUAUCCAUUUGAUCUACAAAAGUCCUAA